CGUUGCUUUUGCUGCUCACGUUUUGGUCGAUUCGUUUCUUGGCCUGGUUGCAGGAUUGGGCAGCGGCCAGACAGCGAGGUCGGAAGCAACUGCAGAAGGCUUUCGGAGUAGUGCAAAAACGCGACCAAAAGUUGAUUGCCACUGUCCGCGCUGUGCUUGACGCAGCAGCAUCAAACGGCGCUUCUUCUGGGGGUGCUAGGAAGCCGAUCAUAUUGGAACUGACGAAAGAGGAGC